AUGAACGAGUGCGCCGGCUGUGCUCAACCUAUUCUUGACAGGUAUGUAUUCAACGUUGUGGGCAAAUCCUGGCAUCAAGCAUGUCUACGAUGUUCGGAUUGUUUAUCGCCGAUGAGCGAUACCUGCUUCAGUCGUGAUGGUCUAAUUCUGUGUAGGACUGACUUUGCAAGGCGGUACGGUCAACGAUGUGCCGGAUGCGAUGGAGCAUUGGAGAAAGAAGAUUUGGUCCGGAAAGCUCGUGACAAAGUGUUUCACAUUCAGUGUUUUCAGUGUUCUGUCUGUCAACGACGGUUGGAUACUGGAGAACAGUUGUACAUUCUCGAAGGAAAUCGCUUCGUCUGCCAACAAGACUUCCAAAACGCAACAAAAAGUUCGACACCGUCAUCGACAUCGAAUCGACCAGUGUCGAACAGCUCCGAGUGCAAUUCAGACGCUGAAGAAGAGAAUGUGGAUGCAUCGGAAGAUGUCCCUGUCGACGAGGCCGAAGGCGGUGAUGGAGAGAAUAAAGAUGACGCUGCGGCUGCAAAACGACGGGGACCACGAACGACAAUCAAAGCUAAACAGCUGGAAACGUUGAAGAAUGCAUUCGCCUCAACUCCGAAGCCUACACGACAUAUUCGAGAGCAACUGGCACAGGAAACUGGUCUGAAUAUGAGGGUUAUACAGGUUUGGUUUCAAAACCGUCGAAGUAAAGAGCGGCGGAUGAAACAGCUGCGGUUCGGUGGUUUUCGCCCAACUCGAAGAAGUCGAGGUGGUCGAGACGAACUCUGUCAGGAUAUGUUCGCUGCAGAAGGUCCUCCACCAGGAUUUUUCUCCCAGCAUCCGAUUGGAUUUUUCUGUGAUCCUUAUGGGGAACGAGGACCACUACCGCCACUGCCAGCUUUUCCAGUAGCUUCUGACGCUCCACAUCCUUUAGUACAUGAUGGUUUUGGAGAACGGAACUCACCGAUGACCGGCACCGGAGGGGGUGUGGUGGGAGCCAUACCGACGUCGCUACUUCCGGCCGACUUUGACCCCGACAUGAGCGGUUACCAACCUCUGCCGUCGAUGUAUUCGACGGAAUUGAAAGCGCAUCCGAUGGCUGGUUGGUAG